CUGAGACGCCCACCACUACAUGCAGCCAAAAAAAAACAACGUUUUACGUGCGUGAAAAUUAGUUAAGUUUUUAUGAAAAAAACCUAGUUGGGCGAUAUUUAGAAAGUCAUUUGGCAAUCCAUAUGCUGCGGGGGCGUGCGGGGCAAAGGGCUUUAAUCUGCAGGACAGGCCAAAAAGGUCCAGAAUCGUGAUUUUUGCGAAAGUGAAAACGGGGCUGUGCUGUGUGUGGAGUGGAAAACGGAACAAAACGGUGCCAAAAACGCAAGGAAAAGCUGCGAAAGCAGUGCAAAACGUACGGGCCGAUAAAGCAGCAAGUGUGGAUAAACGCGGCCAUCAAAGAUAUAGCCAAAUUAUCUGUGGUUUCAACCGAUUUGCCAGCGAAACAAUACCUAAUAUACAAUACGACGAGAGCAACACCCACACACGCUCUUCGCUUAAAUUGUGUACAUACAUACAUACAUACAUAUAAUAUUUAGAUAAAUUCUGCGUAGUGCGGUGCUUGAGAAGCUGUUUUCUAUACCACCUCAUUAUCUCCACAUCGUAAACCCACUCCAAAAAUCGCUGCACACAUGUCCUACAUGAUGGCCAAAACGCUUGAGGAGCAGAGCCUGCGGGAGUGCGAGCACUACAUCCAGACUCACGGAAUCCAGCGCGUCCUCAAAGACUGUAUUGUCCAGCUGUGCGUCUGCAGGCCCGAGAACCCUGUGCAGUUCCUGCGACAGUACUUCCAGAAACUCGAGAGGGAACAAGUCAAACUGGAUGCCAGUAGACAGGUAAUCAGCCCCGACGACUGCGAAGAUCUCAGCCCGAUGCCACAGACAGCAGCUCCACCGGUUCGCCGGCGUGGUGGAAUCUCUGCCGAACCCGUCACCGAAGAGGAUGCCACCAACUAUGUAAAGAAGGUGGUGCCCAAGGACUAUAAGACGAUGAAUGCCCUGUCCAAGGCGAUUGCCAAGAACGUCCUGUUCGCCCAUUUGGAUGAGAGCGAGCGUUCCGAUAUAUUCGAUGCCAUGUUCCCUGUGAAUCACAUUGCCGGCGAAAAUAUCAUCCAGCAGGGCGACGAAGGCGACAAUUUCUAUGUGAUCGAUGUGGGCGAGGUCGAUGUUUUUGUCAACUCCGAAUUGGUGACCACCAUCAGCGAGGGCGGCAGUUUUGGUGAACUGGCCCUGAUCUAUGGCACUCCACGCGCCGCCACAGUGCGAGCCAAAACCGAUGUGAAGCUGUGGGGCAUCGACCGUGACUCCUACCGUCGCAUCCUGAUGGGUUCGACCAUCCGCAAGCGCAAAAUGUACGAGGAGUUCUUGUCGCGUGUCUCCAUUCUGGAGAGUCUGGACAAAUGGGAACGCCUCACGGUGGCCGAUUCCCUGGAGACGUGCUCCUUUGAUGAUGGCGAGACGAUCGUCAAGCAGGGAGCCGCUGGUGAUGAUUUCUAUAUCAUCCUCGAGGGCUGUGCGGUGGUGCUGCAGCAGCGUUCCGAGCAGGGCGAAGAACCUGCCGAGGUGGGCCGUCUGGGUAGCAGUGAUUACUUUGGCGAGAUUGCUCUGCUUUUGGACCGACCACGGGCGGCGACCGUCGUGGCCCGCGGGCCGCUUAAGUGCGUCAAACUGGACCGGGCGAGAUUUGAACGCGUUUUGGGACCCUGCGCUGACAUACUCAAACGCAACAUCACGCAGUACAACAGUUUCGUUUCGUUGUCCGUUUAAGCCAGCAACAACGACAACAACAACAACAACAACAACAACCACUACAACAACAAAUCAACAACAACAAAGAGCAGCAGCAGCAAAGAAAACCAACAAAAACCGACAAAACAAACAAAACAACAACGCAGCGAACGUCGAAAAACAAUAUGAAGACGAUGGGAAAUUAGGUGGAUAUGAAAAUGAAAAACAAACGCUCAGCAGCAUAAACAUGAAAUCGUCAACUAUAUAAGUGUGUAAAGUUAAUUGCCACAAAGCCAUGGGAUGACUCUGAGAUCCUGAAUGUCAGAGAUUCCGAAUGCAUGGGGGCUUCGGCUGAGGGCCUAAAAAAAAUGUUAAUUAUCUGAUUCUGUAUGUUGUGCUGAAGUUACAUAAUUGUGUAUGUGUGUGUCUCUGUGCAAAGGUUGCGGCGGCAUGUUCCCACCACCCCCGCAACCCCUGAAUAUCGGAGAUAACUUUCACCAGGCUUCAUCUAUAUAUUUAUAUAUAUAUAUAUAUAUAUAUAUAUAUUUCUAUCAACUUCUUUCGAGUUUUCCGGAUCUAUUCGAAAAACGAAAAGCUAUUUGUAUAUCUUAUGGAACAUGCUGCCUCCCCAAAACAAAAAACGUUUCAUUAAAUAUCCAACUGACAUCUGAAUGUUUUUUAACAAAAGAAAUAAACAAGAUGAAUAUAUGUGUAAUAAAUAAAAUCAUACAAAAAAGGCAACAAAACAUACACACACACACACACACACAUAGGCACAAAACACAGACACACGACCAACAACCACACACUCUCAUACGAGGCAUGAAGUCAUGGGAAAAAAAUAGGAAAGGAAUGAAAAAAAAAUUGUAUUUCGCUUGUAUGAAUCGUUAUAUUUUUGUGUAUAAAACAAAAACACAACGGCAGCAAUUAAUUAAACAUUUUUAAUUUUAAUUUUAGUAAAUUAUUUUUAAACGUAAAACGCGUAGCACAUGAAGUCAGCGAGUCAGAAACUAUUUAAUUAAAUAUUAAAAUCAAUGAAAAAGUU